AUGGAGAACGAAAACGAGUUGAGCAUCGAGGAGACAAACAAGCUGAGGGAGAAGCUGGGGUUGAAGAAGCUCGACGUGGAGGAUAAGCAGGACAAGAAAAAGAAAAAGGGUGUCCCCAAAAAUCAGCAGGACAACGAACCGAAGGGACGCGCCAAGAAUGGGAAGAGUGGAAACAAGGACGAAGGUGAAGAAGAUAACCAAGAAGGGGGUGAUGCCGAAGAAAGGGAAGACAAAAAUGGACGCAGCAGAACGAAAGAACCCCCCAAGGGAAGCAACAAAUCGACGAAAACAAUCAGCCAGGAGUUUAAUGACGACAUAGACGAUGUGGAGAAGUGGGUAAGCAAAACGAGAAACACCAUCGAUAAGAAGCUGGCCGAUGAUGAAGGCAUCCAGUACAGUGACGAUGACGAGGAGAAAGGAAAAAAAAAAAAAAAAAAAAAGCUAAUCGCAACGUGGCUACUGUCCAUGCCACGGUGGAACACAAGAAUGAAGAACUAA